GCAUGUUCUCUGCAGGGUUGCAUCUCCAAACAUACAUAUGCGCCGAACAAGUGCGAAGACCAUAUACGCAAACUCUACCUUUGUUGCCAGUCCAUGUACGAAGCCACCGAAGAGAAGGGGAGAUCGACAGCGUGUCCAAUGCCUAGUGCCGUGCGCCGCUGGCUGAAAGCGCACCCAGAAGAAUGA